UCAGUGCUACAUUGUUGGACAAAAGCGAGCCUAGAAACGUAGUGGUACUGUCCAGCCACCUGAUCCUGUGUCAUUUCUGGUUUCCUGUGCUUCCCAAGAGCAACUUCAAGAAGAAUUGCGUAAGUUUAACCUUUCCUGAACCACUCAAUGCACGAAGUGUGUUCUGCUCAGUCAGCCGUUACCUCGCGACAUUCACCUCUGUGUCUGUCCCUUGCAGGGUGGAGAAGAACCCUCCUACAUGCUGCUGAUGUGGCGCUGGAUCCAGACACCGCUCAUCCUGAGCUCUACCUGUCAGAGGACCGGAGAAGUGUGAGGCGGGGCCCUUCCCGGCAGAGGGUGCCUGACAACCCGGAGAGAUUCGACUGUCACCCUUGUGUCCUGGGUCAGGAGAGCUUCACUUCAGGCAAACAUUACUGGGAGGUGGAGGUUGAAAACGUGAUGGUGUGGACCGUGGGGGUUUGUAGAGACAGUGUUCAGAGAAAAGGACAGGCCCUCCUGGUCCCUGAGAAUGGCUUCUGGACCCUGGAGAUGUUUGGAAACCAGUACCGGGCCCUGUCAUCCCCUGACAGGAUCCUCCCUCUUAAAGAGCGCCUUGGCCGGGUGGGCGUCUUCCUGGACUACGAAGCUGGAGAUGUCUCCUUCUACAACAUGAGGGACAGAUCACACAUCUACACGUGUCCCCGUUCAGCGUUUUCUGGGCCCCUGAGGCCCUUCUUCAGGCUGGGGUCUGAUGACAGCCCCCUCUUCAUCUGCCCCGCAUUCACAGGGGCCUAUGGGAUCACAGUACCCGAGGAGGACGGCCUCAUCCUUCACAGGGCAAAGACCCACAACCGCCCACAGGACCAAUGCCCUGGAGUCAGAGAAACAUAGAGAAGCCAUGGCCACCUCAGCUUCAUUGGCACAGUGUCCUCUGCUGGAAAACGGGCCCUUCUUCCCUCUGUCACACAAGAGAACAUCUCCAGCUGCCUCCUUCUCACCCACUGCAGGCAGCAGCCCCAGCUCUCCCCUCACUAGGCCAUGGGGCAGGGUCCAGUGUGAAGGACGCUGUUGCUGCCACAGGGCUCCCAUGCAGGAGGAAAGUGUGUGAAGGUGACAGGCUGAAAACCUGCUGCUUUAACAUCAGGGUGACAUGUUCAGCCUGAAGCUGUAGUUGGCAUUAGACAGUGUGGACUUGGGGAAAGGGCAGCAGGACCCUUGUAAUGUGUGAAGAGGGAGGGGGCCACAGAGCUUCCUGAGGGAAGGAGGAAACCACACAUGGAGUCUCAGCUGGCGGAAAGGGACAUUUCCUAAGAGAGCUGGGAGGGAGCCAAGGCUGUGUGCAUGUUUCAGGUUCACCAUGACAGCUACAUGGCCCAGGAUCUGAUGGCCCGUUUCUACCCAAUCCCAAAGAUUUCCAGAUCACAAGGUAAGGUCCCCCAGGCCUAGAAGUGGGAUGAAGGAGGAUGAAGGAGAAGGACUUCUCGAGAUCUGGCCUGCCUCAGGUAUACCUGCAAUAGGAAGUCAGUUCUCAAGCAUUGAGUCUUACGGUCCUGGCAGAGCAGAUGCGUACUGAACCAUGUCUACCACCGGUGUCAAGAUUCCUGGUCUCAAGAUGCCUGUAGACAUGAAAAAUUACUGAGGACCCUAAUAGCUUUUACAAAUUUGGGUUCUAUCUUUAAUAUUCAUGAAAUUAGAGAUUAAAACUGAGAGAUUUUAAAAAUAUAUUUUAAAUUAAAAUAACAUUGAUAAACAAUUAUAGUUCAAUAUACUAGUAUGUUUUAUGAAAAGUAACUUCUUUCUAAAGCAAAAUAAAUUCUAUUGAAAAUUGUGUCAUUGUUUAUCUUUUUCCAAACUUAAUGUCUGUCUUAAUAGAAGACAAGUGGAUCCUCAAGGCCUUUGUAUUCAAUCUGUUGGGAAACCACAGAUCAUAUAGGCUCAAGAACAGGUUACUGUACAUUAGCGAGAGAAUGACAUUGAAGCAACAAAUAAUGUUACUAUUAUUAUUAUUAUGGAAAUAGUAUUAACCUUGUGGACCCCUUGAGAGUAUACCAGGGGUCUGGCUACUUAGUUCAGCUGGUUAGAGCAUGGUGGCAUAAUACCAAGGUCAAGGGUUCAUAUCCCUGUACUGGACAGACAUAAAAAAAGUAGAAAGUAUAUCAAAGAUCCCCCAGAACUCCCCAGACCAUAUUUGACAACUAGGAGAAAAGAUACUGGAACUGAAUUAGUGUGAUGGUUAAUUAUAUGUGACUACUUGACUGCAUUAAGGAAUACCUAGAGAACUGGUGAAGCAUUAUGUCUGAGUGUGUCUGUUUUGGGAGGAUAUCGGCAUGUGUGUCAGUGGACUGAGUGGGGAAAGUCUGUCCUCUGUGUGGGCGACACUAUCCAAUCACUUGGGACCUGGACAGAACAAAAAAGGCAGAGGAAAGGGGAAUUCUUUCUUUCUCUCUUGGAACUGAGACAUCCUGCUUCUCUUGCUCUUAAACAUCAGAACUCCAAGUUCUCCAAUGUUUGAACUCCAGGACUUGUACAAUUCCAGGGUCUCUAGCUUGAAGAGGCCUGUCAUGGCACUUCAUAGUUUCCAUAAUCAUGUGAAUUAAUUCCCCUAAUAAAUUCAGUGCCCUGUAUCUAUAUCUAUGUCUAUGUAUCUAUCCUGACCGUUCUCUCUCUGGAGUACCCUGACUGAUAGAAUCCAGGCUUCAAAAAUUCUGACUUAAAUGGUAGUAUUUUGGAUAUUAGAUAAUUCAGCAAUCCACUUGUAAAACUGAGCUAAAAGAAGUUUUUCAUUGUUGUCUUUUUAAUUGAAAAUAAAACAAUUCUAUAUACUUAAGACAAGUAGCAUCCAGAGUGGAUGCAUUUAUUUUUUAGAUGCAAAUGUAUCACUCUUCAACACAUGUGCAAUGGUUAUACGUUUUUAAAAUUAAGUCAACCAGAGAGAAUUGGAGUCUCCUUGAUUCAUAUUGUUCAAUCCUUCAAUGCAGAGCCUCGGCAUUUCACACUUUAAACACACCAGAAAGGGACUCUGGGGUGAAGAACCUAUAUCACGUUCAAAAAGGAGAGACUUUCUUAUAUUGUCUGGGUUUAUGGAGAACAAACAAAAUGAUUGCUCCUGUAUUACAUGAAACACUAAAUCCAAAGUAGGAAUUCUAACAAGGAAUGGGCCGGUUCUGUUCUUUUAUUUUCCUAUCUACAGCCCCACUGUACUGAAACAAAUUGUAUUAAUGGCCCCAAUGUGAACAAAUUUACACAUGCCAAACACUGCAUCUUAUUCAUUAUUACAGAUAAACAACACAAAAUGUGAAUUAGUAAUCUGAACUAAAGGCUCCAAGUCUUAAGUGUCCAAGAACAAUCAGAAAAAGAAAAAAAUGUCAAAUACUUUAAGCAUUAAUUUUUCAUACUCCUAAAACUAUAAAAUAAGGUCUUUGUAUAAAUAAAAAAAUUCACUUCCAUCAAACACAAGCCAAUGAAUUGCAUUAGAAAUCCUUAAAUAUUUUAAACACUUAUGCAACACAAGUGUACAUAAAUUUCUGUUAAUGCGAAAAAUAUUGCAAACAAAAAUAAUUUAUGACUGUAUCGUGUUAACUAUUAGUGUAUAGUAUGUAUUUACCCUACCAAGUGUAGUAAAAAUGAACAAUGGGGUCAUUUUACGUAAGUAAAACAAUGAUCCUUUAAUGGACAUUAAAUACCUGCUUUUAAUAACUUUUUUGGGUUUUGGCUUUGUAAUAAAUAGGUAAUAAAUAUCUGCAGUACAUUGUA